CGGUCUGGGUGCGGAGCAUCAUCCUAGGGGAGGGCGAGCCGACAUGUUUACUCCUCCUAAUAUUCUGGAGAACUAUUAACCACCGCCGUCAUGCCGUAGAAAACCCGCCGGGCGUUUGGAUGAAGCCUAACGGGGACCACAGCGUGGAGGAAGCGGGGUGGCUCUAACCGAGGGAGUGGAGGAUGUACUGGGCUGCUGGCUUCGCCUCUUCCCGGCCGUGUGUGGUUGAACUCGGGCGGAAUCACAGCCUGCCGCUCGGGCUGUGCGGCUUCGAGCAGCAGCAGUCCUUAUAUGGCUGUAUCAUUGCAUUCCCCUUACAGGACUACGGGGGCAUUAUGUCGGCUCUGGGCUCGGACUCCUGGUGGAAAAAGACCCUGUACAUUACCGGGGGGGCCCUGCUGGCUGCUGCAGCCUAUUUACUGCAUGAGCUGCUCGCCAUCAGGAAAGAGCAGGAGUUGGACUCUAAAGACGCCAUCAUCCUCCAUCAGUUCUCCAGGCCAAAGAACGGCGUUCCCAGCCUCUCACCCUUCUGCCUCAAAAUAGAGACAUACCUGCGCAUGGUGGACCUGCCCUACCAGAACUACUUUGAUGGGAAGCUGUCUCCGCAGGGUAAGAUGCCGUGGAUCGAGUACAACCACCAGCAGGCGUCAGGCUCAGAGUUCAUCGUGGACUUCCUGGAGGAGAUGCUGGGAGUCAACCUCAACGUAAACCUCACCCCUGAGGAGAGAGCCGUGUCUCGAGCUGUGACCAAAAUGGUGGAGGAACACCUGUACUGGACGAUAGCCUACUGUCAGUGGGUGGACAACAUAGAGGAAACGCAGAAGCUUCUGGCGAUGACCGGCCCCCUGAGCGACACUCUGAAGUGGCUGCUGAGCCACAUGAACGGCAGCAUGGUGCGUAGGGAGAUGUACGGCCAUGGCAUCGGACGCUUCUCUAAGGAGGAGGUCUACGUGCUGAUGGAGAAGGACAUGAGGACUCUGGCCACACUGUUAGGAGAUAAAAAAUACUUCAUGGGUUCUAAGAUGUCCACAUUAGAUGCUACAGUGUUUGGGCAUCUAGCCCAGGCUAUGUGGACUCUUCCUGGGACACGACCAGAGCAACUCAUCAAAGGCGAGUUGAUCAACCUGGCCAUGUUUUGCGAGCGGAUGCGGAGGAAGUUCUGGCCCGAGUGGUUUGUGGAGGUGGAGGAUUUCUAUUUUCAAGGAGAGAGUGAGAGCAGCGGCGGUGGCUCCCCUACAGGCCUGCUGGACUUUGGCCUCUUCUCCAGGACUAACACUCUUGACGACAGCGACGCCAGCAGCCACUCAGACGGACCCUCACACACGCAUUCGCCCAAAUCCGACCACUCACUCUUUGACUCAGACGUGGGCACGGGAUCUGAAAAUGACAUUCAGCUUAAGGAAGAGCUAAUUCCCGACCUUGAGGUUUGACCUGAGGGCGGUCGUGAUUUGCUGACAGGAUACGAGGAUUGCGUUGGUUAGUUUUAAAAAUCUUGACAGGUUGCCAGACUCUCACGGCUGAAGAAAUUACUCUUCAACCUCUAAUACCCAAAAUAAUGUACCUUCCUGAUGGACCCCCUGGGUAUUAAUAUGCAGUGCAUACAAACUGAACCCCAUAACACUAAUAAUGUAUGCUUUGUCCCUUCCUAUAACAUCAGAACUGUCCCCGUGGUAGUUCCUCUUUGCCUUAUUUGUCUCAUCCUAAGACGCAUAAGCUGGUUUGAACACAGAGGAAAUGUCUCAUCUAGUGAAAAGUGCGACGUCGACCGAGGAGCAGUGCAUUCCUGACAGGUGGCACCUCACUUGCUUUGAAACGAUGCAACUAAUCACCACUCCGCCACGUGUCCUAACGCACAAACCCAUUGAAACAGGUGGAGAUCGAUCAUGAUGCUGAAAGGAACAGCUGCCGUUAACCAUCUGUGUGCUGGAGAGGAAACACAGAUGAGUCCGUGCUGUAUAUUGAUCCUUGUGUCUUUCCCUUUGUGCUACUGUAUGUGGGAAGAAAACAUGAUCCCCAUCAAACCACAACCUUAGUACCUUAGUAGUAGUCCGAUGGAAUAGAAACAAGAAUGAAAAAGAAGCAGUUUUGUGCCUGUUUGAUUUAAUGGGUAUUAUCCUUAUUUCUCUGAUUUAGUUAUUAUUAGCUUGCAUUUUUAUGUUUGAGGAAAUCCGAUUAGUGAUUUUAAAUUAUGUUUGAAUUCAGUAAAAUGCUGUAGUUGGUAUAUUUCAUCACUAGAUGGAGUCAGUAGUCAGCCUGUGUUUAUUCUGGAACAACAAGGUCAUUCCACCCUGCAAAUAACACAGCAAAAAUUCCUCCUACAGCCCAAAACUUUAAUAUUUCACUUAUAAUCCCUGUAAGCCUGCAGGUUAAAUAUGUAUGCAUACUUACAAAUCAGCCUUAGUUCUUUCAGACUUAAGAAAUGUGGGACUAUAGUGUGCAGCAGUUUUUUCUUGUGAUAUAAUUUGUUAUCAGUGCCACUUUAUUAUUAUUUCUAUAUGAUCCAAUGUGUCAAAUAUAUAUAUUUUUUGUUAAACUUUGUUUUCUUAUUGCUCUCAAAGAGAGACUUUAUUUUGCACUAGUGGAAAUUUAUUUUCACCUUAUUUUAAUGGAUCAAUCUGUGGAGGUAGGCAGACCGUGUAAGACAAUUGAAUGGGAAAUGUGUAUAACAGCCGUACAGGACGCUGGGUGUCUGGAUCAUGAUUGUGUAAGUGAGCUUACUGUGUGUGAAUGUCAGGUGAUAAAGUCUACGCCGAGACAGUCAGAAUACCAAAUCAACAGAACUGAACGUUGCUAGUCUAAAAACGAGCAAAAAGUGGGUAUUUAAUGGACCAAAAUGUCUCUGGAAGCGUUUGCUUUUGUCUGUAAAGUGCUCGUGAUGGCAAUAUGAUUGCUGUAAAAAGAAUGUGGUGCGUAUAGAGUAGAUGCAACUCAAGUUUAAAAGAGUCAAUUCACCCAAAUAACAAAAAAACAUCCUUACUUAAAGCAUUCAUGCCAUGCAGAUAGUUUUGUUUGCAUUUUUACACGUUUCAAGAUCUACUGUAUGUGUCUAUAGGAUUGCUGCCUCAACAAUCUUUAAAAGUACAGCCUGUACAAUUUAGUUGGUUAACUUUGCAACUAUUUUAUUUAUCAUUUAGGUACAUUUUCUGUGCAAAAAUUACAAAAAUGUUAUUCGCCUCUAAUUUGAGGAUUGAAUACUAUUUCCUUUUUUGUAAUUAAAAGGUGGAGUUGAGUAUUUAUGUUCCAACUCCAUUUUAUUUAGAUUAAACUGACAUUGAAUAGUUCCUAUUAUGCUUUUUGGAGGUUUCCCUUUCCUGUAAUAGUUUUUGUGAUUAAAUGAUCUUCAAAGGCUAAAAUCUUAAAGUUACCUCCCAAACACUGCCCCCUGCCUGAAAAGCUAAAACAUAUUGAUGUCACUAUGUUACACUCGAGCUUCUAUUGGCUAACACUCCAGCACAUUUGUAUGUGAUUUGCUUAGGGGCGGGACAUCUCUAAGCGGUUGACCAAUCACAACAGAACAGCCAGCUAACCAAUCAGAACAGACUGGGCUCUGGUUUUAGACAGAAAUAGAAAAUAAAGAGCUUUUUGAACAUUAAAGCAUGGAAACAUGUCACAGUAGAGACACAAAGUACAAAUAUGAACCUGUAAAUGAGAAUUACAGGGCCCCCUUAAGUAACAGUUUCAAUGGAGGACCUUUACUUUCAGUUGAUUAUUUUCUCUGUGGUUUAUGUACUUAAACUGUAUUAUAAAAUCUGAGUACUUCCUACAUUACUGAUGACUAGUUAGUGGAGCAUUUAUCUGCAAAAAAGGGAGAUUCCUCAGGAGCUGGUGGAGGGCAAAAGCAAUAGCAAAGAAAUACAAGGAUAUAAAUAAUAUAUCAUCAGGUGGCAUUAGAAUGAAUGUUGCUCUGUGUCUGCUAGAUGUUACUGUUUGCUAACAAGUUCUUUAUGUGAAUUUCAGAAUAAGACUGUCUGCAUGGCUAACAACUUGGGAUAGUUUUUCUGCAGUUUGUGUGAACUGUGAAUGAAAAGCCUGGUAUAUACAGUAGAUAGGUGAGUUAGUGACGGAACACCAGAGAUGGAUAUUUGGAUUCCUUAGACAACGUUCUUCCAUCAGGUCGACCCAACCCCUCCGGACUGUGCGAUUUUCACUCGCCUCAUCCAGUUGGGUCAUCAUAUACAGUUGGACCACUUUAAUCAAGCCAUAUUAAAAGUAAAUGUCUUGUUAUUGGAUCAUGUCAUAGCAUUACUGCUGGGGUAAUGUAAAUAUUGUAUGUGUGAGAAAGUGUACCAUACUGUGUGUAGAGCUGACUGACUGAUCAAACUACCUAUGGCUGUGCAGUCAUGAAGGACAAGAGCGCCUGGGUGAUUUCAAUAAAGAAUAGCUGUGACAAUUUUAAACAAGAGUUUAAUUUGCAUUCUUAUUAUGUGUCUCGGGUUAAUAAAAUGUGUUGAUGUCA